GGCGGUGUCCUUAGUCGACCUCCGUCUGUCCACCCUCUUUGUAAUUAGUCGAACACAAGCGGUCACCAAGUGCUCCGAUUAAAUGCCGGAACUGAAACAGUAGAGACAGAUCGCAUCUCUCGAUAUUGGUGAAAAUAGUGGCAAGUGUAGUCGAUUGGAUAUUACAUCAUCGGAUCAUGAAGUCGGUACCGAUAAGUUUCCUACUAUUGCUGAGUCUGGCUCUCACUUGGGCGGAGGAAUCGAAAACCUCGGAAGUAACGAAGCUGGAAGUUGUGGACCUCGGCGAACUAAUCGGCGAUCGAUCAGACUUGAAAAUAUCCGAAUCCCAACGAAAGAGGGAUUCCGGAUACACGUACAACAGACCGGACAGAUUCACCGCGGCACAAAGAUACAAUGGAAAUGGUCACAGACAAAACUUGAGUGGCAACAGAGCGAAAAUUCUGACACGAUUUCCCAGCCAAAAUCAACGUCCCAUAGACAGCUAUGGAGCGCCAAUUCAAACCAGACCAUCGGGGAGACCGAACAGCCAAUAUGCCAGCCCACAUCAAAACAGUCACUCCGGCAGUCAUCGCAACAAAUUCAGUGGCCAUCGUUAUCAAGCCAGCCAAUUUUCGAGUCAGCUCAGUAGACCAGCCGGUGGUAUUCUGAAACAGGAAGUCCCCAGUCCCAUAAGACACGUAGAUUUUGUAGAAACAAGCCCCAUAGCCAGUCAAAAUAGCGUGCCGUUUGGUCGGGACACUGCCAAUUAUUUGCCACCGAAGAAUCAAGAGCUACCCACGUAUUCGGCGCCGAGUACUUUCGUUCAGGGUCAACGCGUGAACCAGCAACAGAAUUAUCAAUUCCAAGAACAGAAUUUGAAUUUUCAGAACCAGAACCAUGAUUCGAAUUCCCAAGCUCAAACUUUCGAUGAAAAUACAAACCAAGGGAUUUCCGACGCGGCACAUUUUUUGGCACAGAAUGCCCAGGCUAUAUCGCAGCUCUACGGCGCCCCUGCUACGGACCAAAACUUCGCUCCCAAUAACGAAGAAUUCUCGGGACAGAACAACCAAAUCAAAGGAGUAGUCGGACCGUCUUUGGGACAAAAUAACCAGUUCCAGAAUCAGAGGCACCCAAAUUUCGAUCGAGAGAGUCAGUCGGGACAAGGGUUCUCUGGAGCGCUACCGUCCUACGCCUCGGGGACUCUGAGCGACGAGGAAUCCCUGGAGCAGAUUCAAUCGAAAGAAAAAGACAGGCUCAUUGUCCAACUGCAGACUCUCCUGAGUCAGAGUCGUUCUCGGAAUCCGGGGAACGCCGAAUAUUCCAACCAAUACGCUCAGGGCCAUGGAAAUUACAUAAAAAACCAGAACCUCCUGGCUGCGAUAAGCUCGCAGUUCCAACCGAAAUACAACUCUUUCGAUAACCCAAAUGUGAACUUGUUGAGUCCCGGUUCGUUCGGUUCGGCAAACACGGCGUUUGGCCAGGCUCCCUUCGUACCCGGAGCCGGUACCGGUCCCACUUUCACCCUGGGAUAUGGCCUGACGACUCAGCGAACACCGCCGACAACGACUACAACCACUACGACCACGACGGUAUCUCCGUUGCGCCCGUCCCAAAGUCCAGUCGGAGACGGUACCUCGCAGGCGGGAACUUCGGUAUCGGCACCGUCGCAGCCUGCGCCCGGUUUCCCUCACUAUAACGGAUUCGUGCCGUCCCUGAUCGGGGGAAAUAAUUUCGUCGGCAACGUUCCGAACUACGGGAGCUUAACGCCAGGAUUUCUACCGGCAUCUCCGCAACCCCAACCAGCGGAAACAUCACCGACGCACUUCGGUUUACCGAUACCACAGGAUCCCAACGCGGCACAACCGCCGCGGGCUCCCUCGGCGACUCCGGCGAAUCACCGUCCGGCUCAACCGCCGAAUCCUAUAGGGCUUCCGUCCUCGCCAACCCCGGUUGGCCAACCCGUCGGGAUUCCGGUUCAUCCCGUACAAGCUGUACAUCCGAUCCACUCGAUUCAUCCGGUUCAUUCUUUUCAACCGGUAGCGCCUCUCGGUCCGGCUGUCACCCAACUCCAUCCGGUCUCGAAUCCUGCGCACGGCAUACACCAAUUUCAUCCAGUCGCGAGUCCCGUGCAGCCGGUCGGCGCCCCGGUACAUCCGAUCCUCCCGGCCGCUCCGGUCGCAACGCCAAUCCACCACGCACCUCAGCCGGUUCAUCCGGCUUACGGCGUACAAUCUGCAGCUUUCAGCCCAUUGGUGUACAAGCCAGUGAAAUCUGUGUACCCGGUCUUUUAUUACCCUAACUUACCGUAUCAGGUUCAGAAACCAGCUUUACCUACGUAUCCUUGGAGCUAUGCGCCGUCAUUUGCGCAGACAAAACCGGCUCAAAUUUGGAAAUAGUUGAGUUUGCGAUUAGCGUUUUAUUUUUGAAAUGUCAUUUUUUUUUUCUCCACUCUUUAAUCGAUAGGAAAAAUGUUGUUUUGUUUUUAAUAAGUUUUGUUAUCGCAUGAAGCUGAUUGUAAGCGUACGUAUGUUAGUUAAAAUUUUAAUAUCGUUUAGUAAUUUUUUACGAUGCACAUUCCUACCACAGGGAGGUUGUAAAUACAAAGCUUGUAUUUAUUUUAAGUAAUAAAAAUCAUAUUUUUUAUAGUAAAA